AUUUGUGAAGAAAAUUUCAAACAUUAAAAAAUUAGUGGGAGAGCUUUCACUGCUAACUACUUUGAGAAAAUGUACUAUAAAAGCAAGUCUUAAAUUUUAUUUACACACAUCAUCACCCUUUUCACAAAAACACACAUUCACACAGUGCCAAUUUCACUUUGAAAUCUUACAAUCUUAGCCAAUUUUUUUUUAAUUAAAAUGACACUUUUAGGAUUAGGCUACAUUGAAAUUUUCCUAGCUUUGUUCUGUUUUCUUUUGUUUUAUUGCUUUAGACAUUCAAAUUAUCCAAUAAAUUUUCCAAUUUUUGGUAUGUUACCAGGAUUACUUUAUAAUAUACAACAAAUACAUGAAAGGUGCACUAUGUCAAUGAAGGCCUCAGGGGGCACAUUUUUAUUCAAAGGUCUAUGGUUUGCAAAUAUGGACACAUUAACAACAGUUGAUCCAGCUAAUGUUCAUUAUAUCAUGAGUGCAAAUUUCAUGAAUUUUCCUAAAGGUCCUAAAUUCAAAGAGAUGUUUGAUGUUUUAGGUAAUGGUAUAUUCAACGCGGAUUUGGAUAUGUGGAAGGUCCAGAGGAAGAUGACGCGUUCUCUCAUCACUCAUCAUGAGUUCUACAAGUUUUUAGUCAAGACUAGUUGCGAUAAGGUGGAGAAAGGACUAAUUCCGGUUAUUGAUCAUGUUUGUAACAAGGGUUGUGUUGUGGAUUUGCAAGAUUUGUUUCAAAGGUUCACUUUUGACACAACUUGUAUAUUGGUUACCGGAUAUGAUCCUGGAUGUGUAUCGAUAGAUUUCCCUGAUGUUCCCUUCUCGAAAGCAAUGGAUGAUGCUGAAGAAGCUAUUCUUUUUCGUCAUGCAUUGCCUGAGAUUGUGUGGAAGUUGCAAAGGUGGCUUAGAAUUGGAGAAGAAAAGAAGAUGAUUAAUGCUCAGGAGGUAUUGGACUAUACUAUAGAUAAAUACAUUUCCAUGAAGCGCGAAGAUUUGAAGGAAGUAGAUCAUGAUUUGAAAGAAAGUGAAGAGGGAUUUGAUCUCUUGACAUUUUACUUAAAGGAUGAAAAAGAAUUGGGAGUCAAGUGUGAUGACAAGUUCUUGAGGGACAAUAUAUUGAAUCUUAUGAUAGCAGGGCGUGACACGACUAGCUCUGCUCUCACAUGGUUCAUUUGGCUUGUGUCAACAAAUCCACAAGUGGAAAAAAAGAUUAGGGACGAAAUCAACUUUGUUAUCCCCAAUGAAGAAGGCGAAAAAUUUAGGCUUUUUAAUGUUCAAGAAUUGAACAAACUUGUUUACUUACAUGGUGCAUUGUGUGAUUCACUAAGGCUAUAUCCACCGGUGCCAUUCCAACACAAGGAGCCUCUUGAGGAAGACAUACUUCCAAGUGGACACAAAGUUCAUCCAAAGUUAAAGAUUAUGUUCUCAUUGUACGCGAUGGGGAGAAUGGAGUCGAUUUGGGGGAAAGAUUGUUUGGAAUUUAAGCCAGAGAGAUGGAUUUCUGAACGAGGGACGAUUAAACAUGAGCCAUCGUACAAGUUUUUGGCUUUUAACGCUGGACCAAGAACUUGUCUUGGUAAAGAAGUGGCUUUCACACAAAUGAAGGCUGUGGCUGCUGCUAUUAUUCACAAUUAUCAAGUUGAACUUGUUAAAGGACACAUUGUUGAACCAAAUGCUUCUAUUAUUCUCUACAUGAGACAUGGUUUUAAAGUAAAGAUUAAUAAGAGGUGGACUUAAUUAUGAAGGAUAAUAUAGUAUGUAUCAAGUUUAAGUAUGUUUCAUUUGUUUAAUUGGCUCCUAUUUUAUUUUUUUUUGUUAAUUUCAUAUAGAGAUGUAAAAUUUCAUUAAUGAAUUUGUUGUAUGUUUGUUUGGUAUUUGAUUUUAUAAGUAAGUCCUAUAUGAUUCAGUUGGUUUGGAGGGACCAGUAAUUGAUCUGCCCUUUAUAUAUGAGUUAACGGUCAAAAUACAUGUAAAGUACCUCAAUUUAUUGAGUUCAAUAUUUAAAUUAUCAGGUGUUUGAGUUUUCUAUCCUGAACCAUUA